UUGGGUGGCGACCCAUGCACGUACAUGUCAAGGAGACUAACAGAGAGCACUUCUUUAACUAAAGUAUGGACCAAUGCGCCCAGAUCGAAACGCACUCGUCCGGCGGAUCAAAUCAUGCAGCAGCCUGCCUGCAGCAAGGGAACUCCAUUCGCGCCUCUGCCAAUCGCUAGCAAUCGACUGCGACGCCCAUCUGGAAAAUCUGCUCAUCGAGAUGUAUGGCCGCUGCGGCAGCGUCAGCGAGGCACGGCGUGUCUUCGAUGGGAUCACGGCCAAGGACCACUUCACCUGGGUGCUCAUGCUGGGAGCGUAUGCCCGAGUCGGGCAUCUCGAGGUCGCCAAGCAGAUCUUCGACGCCAUGCCGGACUGGAGCCUCAUCGCCUCCACCGUGAUGCUGUGCGUCUACUCCCGCCACGGCAGCUUCAAGGAAUCGAAGAUGCUCUUUGACUCGAUGCCGGAGGUUGAUCUUAUCUCCUGGACCGCGCUGCUCACCGCAUUUUCCCGGCACGGGCAUCUGGAUCAGGCAAAGAUUGUCUUCGAAUCCAUGCCGGAGCAAAAUCUUGUCACCUGGAGCGCAAUGCUAUCAGGCUUCGCACGCAAUGGUGACGUGGGUUCCGCAAGUAAAACGUUUGCAUUGAUGGAGGAGAGGGAGCUCAUAUCUUGGAAUGGUCUCUUAUCCGCGUAUGCCCAGAAUGGGCAUCUGGAUAAAGCAAAGAAAGUAUUUGAUUCCAUGCCCGAGCACAACCUUGUAUCUUUUACCUCGAUUCUCUACGCGCUUUCGCAACAAAAUAGACUCGAGCAAGCUCAACACAUCUUUGAUUGCGCUCCAGAGAGAGAUCUAAUCCUGUGGAACGCGAUCCUUGGUGCAUACGCCCAGGCCGGUGAUCUUCCCCACGCAUCCCGCGCCCUGGACGCCAUGCCCGAGCGCGACCUGGUCUCCUGGACCGCGAUCCUGUGCGCGCAUGCCAAUAGCGGCGAUCUGGAUCGAGCCAAGGAGCUCUUCGAUGCCAUGGAUCACCGCGACCCAAUCCUCUGGAACACAAUGCUCUCGGCAUAUGCCCAAAACGGGCAGCUCGCGGCAUCCAGGGCACUCUUCGAUCGCAUCCCCGAGCUCCAGCCGGUGGCCUGGAACUCGCUUCUGGCGGCCUACGCCCACAACGGCCGCGCCACCGCCGCGAUCGACCUCUUUCUUGCCAUGACAAUGAUCCAUCUCCCGGACGAGAUGGCGUUUGCGUGUGUGCUGCUCGCAUCCAGCCACGGUGGCGAGAUUGAGCCCAGCAUUGCGUGCUUUCGAUCGAUGGUGGCGGACUACUCAGUCAGGCCAUACAAGCAGCACUACUGCAGCGUGAUUGAUUUGCUUGCGCGGCUGGGCCGGCUCGAGGAGAGCGAGGAGCUCAUCACGAGCAUGCCGUACAAGCCCGAGGUGGUGGACUGGCGAUGCCUGCUGGGCGCAUGCGCCCGUGGUCGAACCCUCAAUCAGGAAAGAGGCGUGCGGGCCACAAAGAGGAUUUUGGAGAUUGAUCGCCAGAAUGUUGGCGCACUUGUUCUAGCUUCAAGCCAAGGUUACAAAAUUUAAAAAAUAUUUUUUUCUAAAA